UGCAGAGCCCGGCCCGGUGGCGGAGGCGCCGCUGGAGGGGCAGUGCCGAGCCCAGCCCGGCCCGGCCCGGCGGGAGCGGUGCUGCUGAGGGGCCGUGCAGGCCGCGUCUGAUGAGAAAUGGAAAUCUGGCUCAAAGUCAUCCUUCCUGUUGUUGACAUCACCUGAAAACUCCACUGGAAAUAUUUCCACUAGUUUGCUGCAAACAUCACCCUCCCCUGAGGUCUCAAUACCUUGAGCAGUGCACAGAGACCUGCUGUUGUUGUCAACACUGGGAAAAACUGAAGCUGGCAUCCCCAUAGUCCUUCUCCAGAGGUUGCCUUGCAAGACACAGCUAAAAAUGUUCAUCGGGAAAAACUGAACCUUAGAUCCUUAAGAGUCCAAUGGAUGGUAUAGCAAUAACAUCACUGUCCAGGGAGCUGGAAUCCUUCCUUGCCUGCCUGCAUGCUGCUUGAACUGAUCCCAAGCCUUUGUUUUUGAACUGAAGAAACCUGAAAACCUUUCUCUCCUAAUUCAUGAGCCAGCAGGAUGUGGUCGCCGUGCUUUCAGAACGCCUGCUUGUAGCCGCCUACAAAGGCCAAGUGGAGAAUGUGGUGCAGCUUAUCAACAGGGGUGCCAAGGUAGCAGUUACCAAGCAUGGCCGGACCCCCCUGCAUCUUGCUGCCUACAAGGGUCAUCUCCACGUUGUCCAGGUUUUGUUGAAGGCAGGUUGUGAUCUGGAUAUUCAAGAUGAUGGUGACCAGACAGCAUUGCACCGGGCUGCUGUGGUAGGGAACACCGAUGUAAUAGCAACUCUGAUUCAAGAGGGCUGUGCUUUGGACAGACAAGACAAGGAUGGGAACACUGCUCUUCAUGAAGCUUGUUGGCAUGGAUUCAGUCAGUCUGCCAAAGUGCUUGUUAAAGCAGGAGCCAAUGUUCUUGCCAAGAACAAGGCAGGUAACACACCUCUUCACCUGGCUUGCCAGAAUAGCCAUUCCCAGAGUACUCGUGUUUUGUUACUUGGAGGAUCUCGAGCAGACCUCAAAAAUAAUGCAGGAGAUACCUGUCUGCAUGUGGCUGCUCGUUAUAAUCACUUGCCCAUCAUUAGGGUGCUGCUCAGUGCUUUCUGUUCUGUCCAUGAAAAGAACCAGGCAGGGGAUACUGCACUCCAUGUAGCUGCUGCUCUAAAUCACAAGAAGGUGGUGAAGCUCUUGCUGGAGGCAGGGGCUGAUGCAUCCGUUGUCAACAAUGCAGGCCAGACCCCUCUAGAGGUUGCCAGACAGCACAAUAACCCCGAAGUUGCACUCCUGCUCACUAAAGCAUCACAGGUCUCGCGUUUUAACCGUGGGAGAAGCCUGAGGAAGAAGAGAGAGAGGCUGAAGGAGGAAAGGAGGGCUCAGUCGGUGCCACGGGAUGAAGUGGUACAGAGCAAGCAGGGCAGUGUCUCAGCUGCUGAUGACACACCAAGCAGUGACCAGCCCCCAGAGAGGAAGAACAAUCUGAAGGAUAAACCCCGGUCAGCCUCACCAGAUCCCAAAGGGAAAAAGAACAAAAAGAAAAAGCCAAAGGAAAAGGUUUCAGCACUCUCGGACCCCAUCUCCCCAGCUGAUCAGCAGACACUCCCUCAGCCCCAGAAGAACGUGCCUAAGCGCAGAAGUAAACACCACUGCUCCUCUCCACCCCCUCCCCACGAGGUCCGAGCCUACCAGCUCUACACGCUGUACCGAGGAAAGGACGGGAAGGUGAUGCAGGCACCUAUAAAUGGAUGUCGUUGUGAGCCCCUGAUAAAUAAACUGGAGAAUCAGCUGGAGGCAACAGUGGAAGAGAUAAAAGCUGAGCUUGGGACAGUACAAGAUAAAAUGAAUAUUAAGCUGGGCCAGAUGGAAAGCAAAACUCAACAUCAACUCCGAGUUUUGGACAAGCUCAUGGCCGAGCGACUGUCAGCAGAGAGGACAGAGUGCCUUCACCGCCUGCAGCAGCACGCGGAGCUGGAAAAGAGUGAGGGGGAGAAGCGGCAGAUUUCCUUGGUUGAUGAGCUGAAGACCUGGUGCUUGUUGAAGAUUCAGAAUCUGGAGCUCAAGCUUUCUGGAGACUCCAGGUCAUCAAGACCAAAAUCAACUUUAUCCACUUGUGAGUCUCUCACUGAGACCCUGGAUACUGACAACCCCCACAGUGCCAAGGACUGUAAAGCCAACCAGCCUGUGCUGCAGUCAGAGGGCUCCCACCAGCAUUCCUAUAUCACACUUCCAAAUAGCCUCUUGGAAGAUGGGGGAAGGAGCAGAGGCCAGAUGCCAGAACAAAGCUUUGGGCAACACUUUUGCGUUAAACAAGAUGGAGCAUUGGGUACAACCAUGCCAGGUACAGAGCAACAGGUAGUGGCUGGUGGACCAGUUUCUUCUUCUGCCCCUGCUCAAGAUGUCAGGCCAAAGGACAAAGCUGUGAGUGCCAGCACGUUUCACAGGUUCCAGCAGGACCUGCCCUCCUCUGAGCUUUCGGGCUCCAAAUUAAGACACGUUAAAGUUCAAGCUGCUUUGCAGCCUGUGACUGAACCUGCAAAGACUGAACCACAGAGUGGCUACUUCAUCGACAAAGGAACUCAGACGAAAAAGUCCAGCAAAAGUGGGCAGUCGAGGCACAAAGCUCUGCACCAUGCCGGGGCACAGCAGGGCCAGGAGCAGCAGCCCUCGGCCCCGCCUGCCCCUCCGCUCAGAGACACCUCCCAGGCCCUGGAGAUAACCCAGUAUUUCUUCGAGGCCGUUUCCACACAGAUGGAGAAGUGGUACGAGCGGAAGAUAGAAGAAGCCCGGUGCCAAGCGAACCAGAGAGCGCAGCAAGACAAAGCUGCGCUCAAGGAGCACAUCAAAUGCUUAGAAGAGGAGCUGAGCAAAUUAAGGACUAAGGUGCAGAAAGAGAGCUAGCACCUGCCAGGCAGGUGAUCAAGAAACAGGACUCAUUUUCGAGCCUGCUGUAUGAGAAUUUGGAAUAUUGAUAGAUAUAUGUAGUGCCUGUUACAUCCAAACACAACACUCUAUUUCAGGAGUUGAAAUAACUGUGGAAACUCCAUAACUGAGGAGAGUUCAUAUGCAAACUAUAUUGGUAACAAAGAGAUGCUGCAGAUCAGAUCCUUUCUUUGUUAUUUCCAAGAGUCUUUCAAUAUUGCACUCUCAGUUUCCAGAUGCUGCUUGAAACCAAACUGCAUUAGUAACCAAAACUGCUUUCUGAAAAGGGAAUUCCCCUAAUUCCACACAGGACACGGAGUAGAGGGUUCUACUGUAUACCACAUGUAAACAUGUUGUGAUACCAGUACUGAAAUAAAUCCAGGAUGUUUGAAAGCUUUUGACAGAAUUACUUAGUAAUGAAGGGCUAUUGAUCCUAUUUUAGAUACUCCCAGGGCCUCUCUUUAGUCAGUGGAGAGGAACAAAAGAACCCACUCCAGUUAAAAGCCCAGGCAGAUGACAGAUGCAGGCUUCCAGCUAGGAGAGGGCAAGGCACCCAUGGAGGGUGAUGCUAAGGUGACUCAUCCCAUCAGGUACAGAGGCUUCAGCUACCACUUUGCUUUUCUCUUGGUUUUCCAUUAUUAAAACAAAUGCUAAAUGUGAUUUAUUUUUUUAAUGGUGUGGUUACACUAUUUUUGGGGCUGUACUCAAUAAUCUGACUGAGUACUUCUGUUUAGGGCAUGGAUGGCAAGUAUGUUACUGUAACUGUGGUCUAUUUGUUAGGUUGAAUGUUUAUAUAAAUCUUUUUUCUUUCAAGCAGGAAAUAGCUGAAUUGUCUACUAUUGGAGAAGCUUGAAAAAGUCCUUUAGCUAAGGAAGUGAAAGCUUGCCUCCCUGUAUUCAAAUGUUUCUUUUUCUGUAGUCAGGACUUUUUCCCAGGCACCUUGUCCAGACUGUCUGCCUUUGUUCCUCUGAAUGAUUCCUCUUCUGUUUUUUCCCCUUCUGUCUCUAAAAAGGAGACAAAGCCCUGGUGAAUCUACAGGUUUUAGGACAAACAGUCCCACAAAACAGUACUCAACAUUUUACAAGUUUAAUUGAUGUGUUUUGUUUUAAAAUCAGAACUUUCCUUGACCAGUGCUGUCCAUACUGACAGACUCCAAAUAAUCUCAAGGCAUUGUAACUAUGGCAUCUGCAUCCCUUUAGGGUUUCUUCCUUACACAUCUGAGAAGGCUCCAUUAGAUUCUGCUAGAAAAGUAAGCUUAUUUACCAGAUCAUGAUAGAACAACUGUUCAAAAUCAGUUCCAACACAGAAUGGUACUGUUAUGCCAAGAAGAAAAAUACUUUUUUUUCUGUACUGAGGAGCUCUAAAAUCAAUACAAAUUACUUUACAGUGUUGAAAAACUCCAUUCACUAAUGAGUAAUUAAGCUUUUGUCUUCUUAGCAGAUGUAUAAAACAAAAAGAAGUCACAUUAUAUAACAAUAUUUUUAAAAUUCCUAUUAAUGCACUGUCACGACAAGAGAAGUGUAUCUGCAGCUAUGGAAAUACUAGUUUUCUUGCUCCGACUUCUGUAGUCUAAUAUAGACACUUUGGUAUGUUUACAGUUUUGUUUAAGCUACAGUAGGAAUGCAGAAGCAUGCUAUUGAAGUUUUGUAUCACCUGGCUGAAGUUAAUGUUUUGCCAAGCAAUUAAAGUAAGUGUUGCUCAGAAA